UUGGCGUGUUCGCCGGCACCGACACACGGGAUGUGGGAAUCGGAUGAAGUGGAGGAGAAUCAGACGCCGAGCCGGGAUCAUUUCAAACCGACGACGGGACGACAAGGCGAGACGGUAGGAUCUGCGUGUGCUGAGUCACUACUGGUGAGGAGGAAGGUCUGGAGAGAGAACGAGAGAGGAGGAGGUGGAGGAGGAGGGGGAGAAGAAGAAGAAGAAGAAGAAGGGAGGGAGGCAGGGAGAUAAGCCACAACAGGAAGCCAAACAACACACACACACACACACGUACACAAACACAGUGUGUGUGUCUGUGUGUGUCAGAGAGAGAGACUGCGCGAACAAGAGGGUGAACGGGAAAGAAAGGGAGGGAGAGUGACGCGGAGGCUGGGAGAGCCUGCCUCCCCCCCUCCUCUCCUCCUCUCCCUCUCUUUCUCUCCUCUCCUCCUCUCCUCCCCUCCUCCCUCUCUCUCUCUGUGGAGCAGGCGUGUAGCGGCAUCAGACUCUGCGUGAAGGAACCAUGAGCGAUGUCACCAUCGUUAGAGAGGGAUGGCUCCAGAAACGGGGUGAAUACAUAAAGAACUGGCGACCGCGUUACUUCCUGUUGAAGACAGAUGGCUCUUUCAUCGGCUACAAAGAGAAACCUCAGGAUGCAGACCUGCCCUACCCCCUAAAUAACUUCUCCGUUGCAAAAUGUCAGCUGAUGAAGACAGAGAGGCCGAAGCCAAACACCUUCAUCAUACGCUGUCUCCAGUGGACCACCGUCAUCGAGAGGACCUUCCAUGUUGACUCGCCCGAUGAGAGAGAUGAGUGGACAGAGGCCAUCCAGAUGGUUGCCGACAAGCUGCAGAGACAAGAGGAGGAAAGGAUCCAGUGCAGCCCCACCUCCAAUAUCGACAACAUGGUCGAGGAGGAGAUGGACAUCUCGACCACACACCACAAACGCAAGACAAUGAGUGACUUUGACUACCUGAAGCUGCUGGGGAAGGGAACCUUUGGAAAAGUGAUUCUUGUCCGAGAAAAGGCCAGCGGGAAAUAUUAUGCCAUGAAAAUUCUUAAAAAAGAAGUCAUCAUAGCCAAGGAUGAAGUGGCUCACACACUCACAGAGAGCAGAGUACUAAAAAACACCAGACAUCCCUUUCUCACUUCAUUGAAGUAUUCAUUCCAGACUAAAGACCGCCUCUGUUUUGUCAUGGAGUAUGUGAAUGGAGGAGAGCUGUUUUUCCAUUUGUCCAGAGAGCGGGUGUUCUCCGAGGAGCGCACGCGCUUCUACGGCGCCGAGAUCGUCUCCGCUCUCGACUACCUGCAUUCAGCCAAGAUUGUGUACCGGGACCUCAAGUUGGAAAACCUGAUGCUGGAUAAAGAUGGCCACAUCAAGAUCACCGAUUUUGGCCUCUGCAAGGAGGGUAUUACAGAUGCUGCUACCAUGAAGACCUUUUGUGGCACUCCAGAGUACCUUGCACCUGAGGUCCUGGAGGACAACGACUAUGGCAGAGCGGUGGACUGGUGGGGUUUGGGCGUGGUUACGUACGAGAUGAUGUGCGGCCGACUGCCAUUCUACAACCAGGACCACGAGAAGCUGUUUGAGCUCAUCCUCAUGGAGGACAUCAAGUUCCCGCGCACGCUGUCUGCUGAUGCCAAGUCGCUGCUGUCCGGCCUGCUCAUCAAAGACCCCAACAAACGGCUUGGUGGAGGACCAGAUGACGCAAAAGAAAUAAUGAGACACAGUUACUUCUCUGGAGUUGACUGGCAGGACGUCUAUGAUAAAAAGCUGGUGCCCCCCUUCAAGCCUCAGGUGACAUCAGAGACAGACACCAGAUACUUUGACGAAGAGUUCACAGCCCAGACCAUCACAGUCACUCCACCGGAGAAAUUCGACGAGGACGGGAUGGACUGUCUGGACAACGAGAGACGGCCGCACUUCCCGCAGUUCUCCUACUCGGCCAGUGGGCGGGAAUGAAUGGUCCCUCGCGGUGGCGCCUGGACAGCAGGUCUCUGAGGUCAUCAGUGUGGGACGGAGAGGCCCAGAACUGUGGACUGACCCAGAACAACAGUGACUUGAAGGAUUUUGCCCUUCUCCGCCUCCUUAUUUUUCAUUUUUUAGAAAGAACUUCCCGGCAAAAUGACCCUGUAACCCUGCACUGCGUCCCCAGGUGGUCCGAGCUGCGAUGGGAUCGCUGACUGUGUAAUGUCCCUUUAAUGACAGGAGCGUCACCGGUGGCCUGCUGUGCUUUGACGUCUCGGUGGUCCUGCCAAACUCUAAAAUCCAACACGUCCGAUCUAGUUAGACAACAGCCGAUGCUGUCUUCUUACUAGUUUUUAAGGAGACAUUUCUUUGUGGCGUCUUACUUGUACGAGGGCGAUACAGUACGUUUUAUGCCAUUCAAACCCAAACCACCGUUUCCGGUUGUAUCUCAGGCUUUUUGCAAACCGAUACUCAAACUCAGUGAGACACUUGGGUCUCAUUUCCAGUCCUCAACUGGGAUUGAUUGGCUGCCUGGCAUCAAUGCAUCAGUUGUGGUCAGUGAGCUUAGUCCGACACACCUCAUGUUGUUGAGCAGGAUUUGACUCAGGUUUUGCUCAGUGCAAUUCAUUAUUAUCGUUGCUGCUAUUUCAACUACGACCACAGGUACCACAGGUACUACUGCUUCUACUUCUACUACUACUACUACUACUACUACUAUACUGCUAAAACCCGGUGCUACACUACUAGCUUAAUGCUGCAGGUCAUUGCACAGGCGCCAGCAACACAUCCACCACCUGUGUUAAUGUCUAUGCUUGUACAGAUUCUGCACAUCUCUGUAGAUCAAGGUGAUGGUACGAUGUCAUGUUUGUUCGAGUGUGUGCGAGGUACUAGUAUAUGGGUUUGCGUUGAAGAUCGCACCUCAAAGCACAGCAGUUCCGAAUGAUGAAGCUCCCACCCCCAUCAGCUUUACGUUGCCCACAAUGCAGUGCAAGGUGGUUGAUAUGUCCGUCACCGCAGAGGUGAAAAAUGAGGCGAUGGUUUGAACUAAACCGGCGCCCAAAGUUUUAUUAUUUAUGUCUCAACUGCAAGUCCCUCUGAGUUUCAGUCUCCUCUGUCACAAAAGGGAAAACCAAACUCAAGCGGUACCUUGCAUUGAUUAUGGAAAGCUUUACUGUGACAUGUUGUGAUCACGGCCUCGAGGGGCACGCGGCUGUACCUCUGUGUCGCUGUGCAGGAAAGGGAAACUUCGGCUGGAACAGAUUCACCACAGGUCGGGGAACUGUGAUGAGCAGCGCGCGAGAGAGAGAGAGUACAGGUGAAAAGCUCCGUGAGUGACACAACAUGAAAUAUUUAUAAUGUGAUACUUUAUGACGUUUUGAUGAGUAAGGUUACAGUCGAUCUCCUGUUUCUUAUGAAGGAUUGGGGGGGGGGGGGAGUAUGCAUCAAAAGUUAUGGGUUUACACCAACCAUAGCAAAGGUUAUAAUUUAUAUGUGUGACUGUGUGUAUGUGCGCGCGCGUGUUCUAUUUAUUGUUCUACUCAUCGGUUUUAUAUUUAACUUUUUCUAUACUUAAGACAUUAUCGUAGAGAAAAGAAGAUUAUUUCUUAGGGCUGAGAGGAAAAACGGCACCUCAAGAAACAAAAGUGGCUGAAGAAUGUAGGAGGGAAAGCGGAUCGCCUUCCUGCUCCGUUGUUUAUUUUGAUGAUGUUUUUGUGUUGUUUUGUGACCAAAAUGUGACGGGACACUUUAAAGACAGACGGUAGUUUACUGUGAGCUUUAAGGAGUAUAUAUAUAUAUAUAUAUAUAUAUAUAUAUAUAUAUAUAUAUAUAUAAACAUUCUUUAUCAAAUCUUCCCUCUCCAAUUCCAUCCAAAUCAUCCCACAAGUGAUGACUUUGAAGGCUCAUCUAAACUUACACUGACACAAAUGCCCCCAUACUUAACCUUGCCACAGGUGAGAGGCGGCGGAGGCGGAGGCGGAGUUCAGAGAGAAAGACGACUGGGAAGUUGAGCUGGAGGGAAAUGUGUGCAGCGCAGAGGUCAGAAUGUAAAGCAGCAAGGAUGGGAAAAGACCCAACUGUAAGUGUGUUGAGACAGACGAGAGGAGGAAGUUAGAGCAGAGGCUUGGGAGAGUUCGGGGCCUGCGUUUCUGUCAGUUCUCUGGACUUCGGAUGAGACUCCGCUCUGUCUUCAACGUGUCCUGUCAUUUCUCCGGACUUAGACCUGGACUUUGAUCGUUUGCAGUUGUUUUGUCGUCACUGUCUUCCAGUCUGACCAACGAGAUUUUGAAAUCCAGGCCGGCUGACGGGGUUUAGUCCAGAACCUCAACAUCCGGCUCCACGGAGUCCAGAGGAAAAAAAGAUCACGCGUGAAGAAAUAUAUUUUUUCAAAAUCUAAAAUCUCCUCAUGUGGAAGACGUCUCAUCUGGACAACACUAAUUCAAACGAGAGCACCUGGGGAACAUGCUCGAAUUAGGCAUAGAAACUUGCAUUCCAAUAUAUUUAUUUGAAUGUUUUUUAUUAUCAUUGAUGAUAACUUGAAUUUCCUUUUUCUGAGUAAUUUAUUUGAUGUCAUUUUGUGUUGGAGUUUAGCAGUUGGGGGCGUAGUCGUGCUUCUUUCUGCAGUUUAAUUCUUCAGAGACUUUCUGAAAUAAAUGCCUCCUUUGUUCCUUCACAGAUAACUUAUACUACACAUGACCUGUUUUCCCGCUGCUCCCUAAGCCCAAAUGCUUUACUCUUGCACAUCUAUUAAAUUUGCUCUUUGCGAGCAAAGGCGCUUUAUGGCAGAAAGUACGAGAGGAUGGCGCUGGCCUGCGUGCUGUGGUCCUCCUCUGUCCCGCCACCAGCCCUGAGUCAAAGUGGCACUCGGAACUCUUAUGAAAAAUACUUUUCCGUGAUCAAUUGAGCCCGUGUGGCACAGCAGAAGCUGCAGGAGGAGAAAUCCCACCCAGCUGGCUCCCUUCCGGCGAAUGCUCAAAGUAUUUGGAAGGAUUUGAGCUUUGAUUUGACCCAGGUCUGCGAGCGACUGAGGAGUUCUAGCUGCAUGUGCACGCUGGACGCCAAAAUCAUUAUGAAAUACCGCUUUGUAUCUUUGGCCACAGCACUUUCACAUCCAUCCCUUUUUUUAAUAUGAUUCAGAGGAAUCGGAUCUGAAAGAGGACUUUUAGCUUUUUAAAAAAAAAAUGUUUUUAAGAAAAUGGGGAUUUUUAAAGCACACCUCCCGUCCACAUAACAACCGAUAGCUUCGAUGCUGCUCUGAUGUCUGGGGGAGCCACUGAUGCCUCUGACUCCUUCCUCUCUGGCCUUUGACAGAUCUAGUUCUCCAGUGGGUCUCAAGACUCUUUAUUCAAACAUCUCCAGACUCGAGACCAGUUAGUGGCAGCAACGAUGACUGAGGACAUGUUUUCCUCCCACUACUGUGAAGUGGAGAAGGUGGAGCUUAGUAAGUCUCUUCCAUCUGUGGGGGUUUUCACCUGAAGACUCUGAACCAGUUGUGGGCAUGUGAGUAAUUCAACUUUGACUGUUGUCACCAAACAGAGGUUGUUGAAGUGGAUGAAGAUGGAUAAACGUGUGUGAAUCGACAUCGAUAUCCGACGCUGCGCUGACGGCGUCCACUCUUAAAGCUGCUGCUGUUUUCUACUGUACAUCUAUCACACAACAGAUGUGACUCCAAGGGUUUUUGAAUAAUAUGUCAAAUCUUCUCAAAGACCUUAACUGUUGUGUGUUGAUCUCGUCCGUUGAACCGACGGCGUCAGCCAAAAGUCACCAACCGCCCUCCGCCUGCCAUGUAGUGCAGAUAAGUAAACAGCUCAAGUGUUGGAAGGAUUUCUGAAAGUAUUUGACCUCAUGUCUGUGACAGAACCCCUCCCUUCUCAUCUCUCUGGUACUUAGUCUAUCAUCAUGGUUAUUAACAUGAACAAGCAUGAGGUGCAUUUAUUAAUAAACUGCAAAAGAAAAAAGCAGUGAACAUAACCAACAUUAGAAAGUGUAACAGUUUUGAUUUCGUGUCCGUGUUCAUCUCCUGUAGCUUUACAGUCGAGCGAGACACUUCUGGACAGCUUCCAGCCGUUCGCAGGGUGGACCGCGUUUCCCCGGAGCACUUAAACACGGAAGUGAGCUCUGCCACAAGUCAGCAGAGCAAAGACGAUGUUCACUCCGAGUCAGUGUCGGGGGAAACUCGGCAGAUCCAGAAAGGUUGACAGAUGAGCAGAUCAAACAGCCCUUUCCUGUCCCUCGUGCUGUCAGGACGCUGGGAUGUGGAAACAACAAAUUACCACCAACGUGAAUCUGGUUUUUACACUGUACAUCCUUAGUGUUUAUACACAUAAAAUGUAUAUGAUAGGGAUGCACAUUAUUUUCCUUCUUACAGAAAACAGCUUCAAUAAAGCACUAUGUCAAUCUACA